CCUCCGGACCCGGGAGGCCGAGAAGGAGCCGCGGUCCGCAACCCUGAGCGCCAACCAUGGGCCCGCGCCGCCGGAUCCGCAAGCCCGAAGUCCCAAGGAGGCGCGCCGCGAGCCCGGCUCCUGCCCCACCCCGGCCGGGCCCAUCCUUAGGCGCUCCCUCCCGUCCACUUGCUCGCCGGAAAUAUCGGGUUCUGAAGGAGAUCCGAACUCUUCAGAAGAGCACACACCUGUUGUUAAGGAAGAACCCCUUCAGCCGCCUGGCAAGAGAAAUAUGUGUUAUAUUCACUCGUGGUGUGGACUUCAAUUGGCAAGCCCAGGCCCUGUUGGCCCUACAAGAGGCAGCAGAAGCGUUUCUAGUUCAUCUCUUUGAGGAUGCCUAUCUCCUCUCCUUACAUGCCGGCCGUGUCACUCUCUUCCCGAAGGAUGUGCAGCUGGCCAGGAGGAUCCGAGGCAUUCAGGAAGGGCUCGGCUGAGCUCCUGCCGCCCGUGACUCUGGAUGAUACCGGGGACUCUGCCCGUAACUAGGGCCAGAUCACGGAGUACAAGGUGCUGCCUGGACUUGCUGUCUCUGAGCAGAGUGUGUGUGUUGCUUUUGUAAUUAGGUUUUUUUAAGAAGAAGACUGCAUGGCUUUCCUCUGUAACAGAGGUAAUACAUGACAGAAUGAACACAUUCCAAAAGUCCUGACAAUAAUUUCAGAUGAAGAGACUCCAAGUUUGACUUCACUUUGCAAAUUUUUCACACACCUGAUGAUUUGGAAGACAUCAGAUUUUCUAGCUUAUGAGAGAAAAGGAUAUCUACUGAUUAUUUUAGAUCUUUCUGUACCAUUUAAAUUUUUUACCAUAUGUAUAUUUACUUUUAUUUAAAACAUAAGGGGAAAAAUAAGAGAAGACCACUUCAGCCAGUUGCCUGGAAGAGCCUGGCGCAUCCAGCAUACAAAUCUCUGUCCUUCAGAUUGAUUUCAUCAUUAGUGGCAGCAGCAAGUUCCUGUGUGGAUUGUGCCUGUCGACGGAUUAUAUAGCUUUUCAAAAACUCAAUUGGGAUGAAAACAGGAAAUCGUUAAGGUUUGAUGUUCUGGCUCCUUCUGGUAAAUUCCUAUCAAAAUCAUUCAGAAAUUCUAGCUUGUAGAAUUUAUUUUAUUCUUAUUUGCAAGUCAUAGACGAUGUAGCAUAAUUU